UGAUUUCAUGGCUUCUAGAUAUCUCACCAAUUUUAGCCAAUCAAUUCAAGACAAAAUGAUCAGUUAGUACAAUUUCUUCAAACGUUCUCAGCCUCUAUAAAAUGAUCACAACUUAACCCGACAAUUCAGCUCUCUAGUCUCGAAACCCACGAAGGUGAAGAAGAGAAAAUUCCUGGCAGUUUUGAUUAGACAUGGCCAGAACAGUAACCAUCAACUUAGCCAUUUUAGCCUUUGCUGUUGCUUCACUUGUGCAAGCUACUGCAGGAAAGACGCUCGUUGUUGGGGAUGGCUUGGGCUGGCUGGUGCCUCCAGGUGGUGACCUCGCUUAUGCUACUUGGGCAGCCAUUAAUAACUUCACAGUCGGUGAUGUUCUCUUGUUCAAUUUCACAAGUGGAGUACAAGAUGUAGCCAGGGUUACAAAGGAAGCAUAUCUAACCUGCAACUCAACCAAUCCCAUCUCUCUGAAAACAACUGGUCCUGCAAAUUUCACCUUGGAUGCCUCUGGUGAAUACUUCUUUAUCAGUACAAUAUACGCACACUGCCCACUAGGCCAAAGGUUAGCCAUCUAUGUAACCGGCCCUGGACCCAAUCCUGCUCCUCAUCCUUAUUCUCCACCCACAGCUCAUUCGCCAGUCUCUCCUAGAGCACCAGUGACUUACGUCGUCGGCAAUGGCUUGGGUUGGCUUGUCCCUCCUGGUGGUCAACUUGCUUACAUGAUUUGGGCCUAUAACAAAACUUUCAUGGUUGAAGAUGCUCUAGUUUUCAACUUCGUGGAAGGAUUACAAGAUGUUGCCCUGGUGACAAAGGAAGCCUAUGAAACCUGCAACACAAGUAGCACUAUCCAAGUUUGGUCUAAAAGUCCUGCAAAGAUCUUACUCAAUUCUACUGGUGAUUAUUUCUUCACAUCCACUUAUCCACGCGGCUGCAUCUUGGGUCAGCAGCUAGCCAUCAGGGUGGUCUCCAGGAACGGUACUACUGAUCAUGGUACUACACCUUCUUCUAGCAUCGCACAUCCGCCAUCAAGCAGCAGCACAAGCAGUGGUGCAACACUCGGCCCUGCCACAUCUCCUCCUCCAGCUAGCUCAUCGUCAUCUCGGGUUAUUGCUGGAUUUUUAAUUACCAUGAUUUCCAUUGCCAUGGCUGUGUUUUAGAUAUAUAUAGUUCCCUAUGUAGUUGAUAUUUUUGUUGGGUUGAUCAUUUUCUUAAUUCGUGGCUUUAUAUCCUGUAUUUGAAA